AUGCUCUUUUUUUUACAUGCGAAUUUAGAAUCGUUCUCCGAUUAGAUAGAUGUGGGAAGCCGAUCAACGAUUCUGCUGUACGAAUCAGAGUGCAAAAUGCUGCUGUUGGUGCUGGUUCUGCUGCUGGUGGCCGCUGGCUGGCUCAUCCAUCGCGGCCAGGCGGAGCGUCGCCGAGCCGUGGCCAAUCUACCGGGACCCAUAUGUCCUCCGUUGCUGGGAGCCCUGCACAUCAUGUUCGGCAUGAAUCCAAAGACCUUCCUCAAUGUGUGCCGUGCGAAUAUUGACAAAUAUGGAAAUCUGCAGCGGGUGUGGGUUCUGAACCGUCUGCUGAUCAUUAGCGCCGACGCCGAGUUCAACGAGCAGCUGCUGGGCAGCCAGGAGCAUCUGGUGAAGCAUCCCGUGUACCGAGUCCUGGGCCAGUGGCUGGGCAAUGGGCUGCUGCUGAGCGACGGCAAGGUGUGGCAUCAGCGCCGCAAGAUCAUCACGCCUACCUUUCACUUCUCGAUCCUGGAGCAGUUUGUGGAGGUCUUUGACCAGCAGUCGAACAUCUGUGUGGAGCGCCUGUCCCCUCGGGCCAACGGACGGACCUUCGACGUUUAUCGGCCCAUCUGCAUGGCAGCCCUGGACAUCAUUGCGGAGACGGCCAUGGGCACGAAAAUCCACGCCCAGGCCGCGGACAGCACUCCCUACGCGGAGGCAGUCAACGAGUGCACUGCUCUGCUGAGCUGGCGCUUCAUGUCCAUCUACCUGCAGGUGGAGCUGCUCUUCACGCUGACCCACCCGCACCUGAAGUGGCGUCAGACGCAGCUCAUCCGCACCAUGCACAACUUCACCACGAAGGUGAUCGAGGAGCGUCGUCGGACACUCGAGGAGCAGCAGCGGGCCAAGAUAAGUCAGUCCGCCGACGACGAUGUGGGCAGAAAGCGACGGAUGGCCCUGCUCGAUGUCCUGCUGCUGGCCAGUGUCGAUGGGCGGCCGCUGACCAAUGACGAGAUCCGCGAGGAGGUGGACACCUUCAUGUUCGAGGGUCACGACACCACCUCCAGCGCCCUGUCCUUCUGCCUGCACUUGCUGUCGCGCCAUCCGCAGGUGCAGGAGAAGAUGCUGGAGGAGAUCCUCCGCAUCAUUGGCACCGAUCGCAGUCGGCCCGUCACCAUCCGCGAUCUCAACGAGCUGAAGUACUUGGAGUGUGUCAUCAGGGAGUCGCUGAGGCUGUAUCCGCCCGUGCCACUUGUGGGACGCAAGCUGCAAUCGGACUUCAAGUACACCCACUCCAAGUACGGCAGUGGCGUCAUUCCGGCCGGGUCUGAGGUUCUUAUUGGGAUCUAUGGCAUCCAGCGGCUGCAGAGCGCAUUUCCCCAACCCGAACAGUUCAUUCCGGAACGCCACGAGAACGGCGAGCGCUUUGCGCCCUUCACCUUUGUCCCCUUCAGCGCCGGGCCACGGAACUGCAUUGGCCAGAAGUUUGCCCAGCUGGAGAUGAAGAUGAUGCUGGCGAAGAUUGUGCGCGAGUACGAGCUGCUGCCCCUGGGCGAAGCAGUCGAGUGUGUCAUCAACAUUGUUCUGCGCUCGGACACGGGCUUCCAGCUGGGAAUGCGCAGGCGCAACGAUACACGAUGAGU